UUAUACUAACUGGUUAUGAUGCAUAGUAACAUUAGCAAUAGCUCUAACUCUAAUUCUUAUACAAAAUACCCGGGGGAAUAUGCAUAAUUUACAAUUAAUCAUAUUCCCUGAAACGUGCACACGAAAUACUGCAUCAGCCAUAAAUUAUGUCACAUCAUAUUCUUCUAGUCUUGUAUUAUUUGUGUGUACAAUGAGAUGUCUAUAAAGUUCUACAUAUGGCUUUCUAUAAAUAGUUAUUCUGGAAGGUCUUUUUAUAUAUGGGACAACUUUACUAUUGAAUAGUAGAUGUGGAUAAAAAGUUCUUCAAUGGAUAAGAGAAAAACGUUUUUAAUCCUUAUCAUCAAUGCUUCUGUGCUGAUUGAAAUAAAGUGCGCUGAAAAUUAUACAAGAAGAUUCGAUUGUUAUCCAGAAAAGAAAGCCAAUGAAACUCUCUGCAGAAAGAGAGGAUGUAUAUGGAAUCCCUUAACAAAGAAUCCAAACAAGGUACCUGCUUGUUACUAUGACGAUGGAAACAAAUUUAGCUACACCUUAAACGCAAGCCUUCCGACAAAGUUGGGUCAUAAAAUAACACUGGAGUUGAAAACACCAGCAUCUGUUGAUUUUCCUUAUCCAGAUCCGUUUUCAGCACCAACUGUGUAUUUUGAGCAACAGACGGAAGAUCGCAUGAGAAUAAAGAUCACAGACAGUUCCACAAAGCGUUAUGAAGUACCAGUCGGAGAAAGUUUUCCUUCGAUCAAUACCAAGCCUUCAACAACGAAAUACAGUUAUGAAUAUGACUCGAAUCCAUUCAGCAUUAAUGUCUUCGCCAAAAGAAAUGGAAAGCGCGUUAAGAUCUGGGAUACAUCAUUUGGUGCAAUGAUGCUAUCUGAUCAAUUUCUUCAACUAUCAACUCAAUUACCAACAACGUUCUUCUAUGGCAUUGGAGAAAACAGCCGUACAACAUUUAAAAGAGACUUCUCCAAAUGGGAAACAAUCGGCAUGUUUACUGCUGAUCAUGCGCCUUAUCCGUUUCAUAAUACUAAUUUGUAUGGAGUUCAUCCAUUUUACAUGGUUGUGGAAAAUGAUGGCAGUGCUCAUGGUGUAAUGUUGCUGAACAGUAAUGCAAUGGACGUUACGUUACAACCUACCCCAGCAAUUACCUUUCGAACAAUUGGUGGAGUCCUAGAUUUUUAUUUCUUCUUUGGCCCAACACCAGAAAACGUGGUACAACAGUACACCGAGCUCAUCGGCAGACCCGUCAUGCCGUCUUAUUGGUCAUUAGGCUUCCAACUAUGCAGGUAUGGCUAUAACAGUUUGGAUGAAGUAAAGAAAACCGUAGCAAGAAUGUCUAAAUACGAUAUUCCACAGGAUAUUCAGUAUGGUGAUAUUGAUUAUAUGGAAAGACAGCUUGAUUUUACAUAUGACAAAAAAACAUACGCUGGCCUACCAGAAUAUGUUCGAAAGAUAAAAAAACAAGGACUAAAGUACAUCACUAUUUUGGAUCCUGCUAUUGGAGCUGAAGAAGUACCAGGUACUUACGAACCUUACGAACUGGGUGAAAAACUUGGUAUAUGGAUUAAAGAUCAUACUGGUAACAAGUCCUUAAUCGGAAAAGUGUGGCCGACAAAAGAAAACGUAACAGUGAAUAGAACAUGGGAUUGGGAUAAACAAACAAAGUAUUUUCGCACCAACGCUACAUUUCCCGAUUGGUUUCAUCCCAAUAUUUCUUCGUGGUGGUCUUAUCUUAUCAAGAAGUUUCACAAGACGAUAGAAUUUGAUGGACUUUGGAUUGAUAUGAAUGAAGCUGCAAAUUUCGUUCCGGGAUCUAUAGAAGGCUGCCCUAACAACAAAUACGAAUUUCCACCGUAUAAACCCAAUAUUCAAAUGAAAGAACUUGCUGGUAAAACAUUAUGCAUGAGCGCUUUACAUGAAGAUGGAACCAAAGAAUAUGACUAUCAUUCAUUGUUUGGAUGGAAGCAGACAGUUGUUACAAGAAGUGCAUUAUCUGAAUUAACAAAGAAACGAGGCAUCGUCAUAUCGAGGUCAACAUAUCCAUCUAGUGGAAAAUAUGCAGGACACUGGCUUGGUGAUAACAAAAGUGCUUGGCCUCAAAUGCACGAAUCGAUUAUCGGUAUGAUGGACUUCAGUUUGUUUGGAAUACCUUACAGCGGAGCAGAUAUAUGUGGUUUUAACGAAGAUGUAACAGAGGAGUUAUGUCACCGAUGGACCCAACUUGGAGCGUUUUAUCCCAUGAGUAGAAAUCAUAACGGAUACGGAUUUAAGCCACAAGAUCCCGCGGUGUUUGGUGAAAAAUUCGCAAAGCAAGCUCGAAGUAUCUUGCAUGUCAGAUACACUUUACUUCCAUACCUUUACACCUUAUUUUACGAAGCACAUACAAAAGGAAGCACGGUUGUACGUCCUAUGUUCCACGUGUUUCCAACUGAUGUCAAGUCACGCACCAUCGACCAACAAUUCUUUUGGGGAAACGCAUUGCUUGUCACUCCAGUACUUCAAAAGGAUGCGACAACGGUACAAGCGUACCUUCCAGAAUCGGAAAGCAAGUGGUAUGACUAUUUUACGGGAAAGGAGGUUUCAAGAGAGCUUGCAGGAAAAACAUCCCAUUGGUCAAUUCCUUUAGAUACAAUUGGUUUGCAUGUUCUUGGAGGAAAUAUCAUUCCCACUCAAGAACCUGCUAACAAUACCGAACACAGCCGUACAAAACCUAUGGGCGUGAUCGUGGCUUUGAAUGAAAGAGAGACAGCCAACGGAAUGUUAUUUUGGGAUGACGGCGACGCUUUAGAAUCUAUCUCAGCAAAGAAAUUCAUCUUAUUGCAUCUAAAUGCGACCAAGGUUGGUUUAACAAUAAACGUCCAGGUGAAUGGUUAUGACACAGGGAGUCUUCACUUUAACACAAUCAAGUUGUUAGGAGCGGGAAAAUUAGAAAUACGAGAUGUAAAAGUGAAUGGAAAAAAUACAAAAGCGUCUGUUUCAAAACCAAAGAAUGAUAUCACAGAGAUCACUAACCUGAAUCUACCAAUCAAAGAAUCUCACAAGAUCACAUGGUCAGUUGUGGAAAGCAAAAGCGAUUCGAGAGAGAUACAGUCGUCAAUGCUAUUUGUGUUAGCAGCGAUGUUAACAUUGUUUAUAUGCUUGUCUUGAAAAGUUUAUAUCACUUUUGAAACACUAUGAUAUGAAACAAUUGCAUUGUAAUACAUGAAGUCUUGAUUUUAAUAAAUAUUGGAAGAGAAGCAAUCAUGGCCAUCACAAUAGGACUAGUUUUGUUGGAAAAGAGGACUAGGUACUAGAAAUAUUUUAAAAUAACCUGAGUUUGAUAUUAAAUCUGUGAUUUUUUAAGGCAAUUUUUUAGCCAUUUAAGUAUCAGGUCAAAAGUUAAGUCAAAAGUUUUUUUAAAAAUUCUUGUAGUUUAAUACAUAGUGAUUUUAAAGCCGAAAUUAUCUUAGCCGUACUGACGAUAAUCGACGAUUUGUCUUAGAACGUAUAGUGUCAAUCAUGGGUGGGA